AUGGGCUUUCGAGGUACUAUUGCAAAAGAGAUAGGCAAACUCUCUUUGUUGAGAUCCUUGAUUAUUAGCAACAACAAUUUCCAAGGAUUUAUCCCUCAUGAAGUGGGUAAUUUGAGCCAACUUCGAGAAAUAGAAAUGCAAUGCAAUGAGCUAAUCGGUUCCAUUCCAUCAAGUUUUGGAUUUCUUGUAAAUCUACAUGUGUUAAAUCUCUCUCAUAAUAUACUCAAUGGGGAUAUUCCUAACAAAAUUUUCAACAUCUCUUCUUUGAUAGAAAUUGAUUUAACAAACAAUAGUCUCUCUGGGAGUCUUCCCAUGGAUAUCUGUAACAAUCUUCCGAAGGUAGAGAAGCUAAUAAUUGCAGGGAAUCAAAUCAGUGGAAACAUUCCUCCAAGCCUGGGAACAUGCACAAAUCUUGAACUACUUUCUCUAUUUGACAAUCAUUUUGCUGGAAGCAUACCAAUGGAACUUGGGAACUUGUCAAAGCUUCAAAUUCUCUGUCUUGGAAGAAAUAACUUGAUAGGAAGCAUUCCAUAUGAAAUUGGGAACUCAUCAAUGCUUCAAUAUUUAUUCUUGUCUUCAAACACCUUGACAGGUACAAUUCCGGAUUCAAUUGGCAGUUUAUCAAAUUUGGAGGCUUUGGCUGUUGACAUCAAUAGUCUUCAUGGUCAAAUACCUCAAUCCAUCUUCAAUCUCUCCAUGUUGAAAAUAUUUGGUUCUACAUACAAUAAUCUAUCUGGCAAUCUUCCAUUGUCAAUAGCCAAUGGGCUCCCUAAUCUCGAAGGUCUCUAUUUUGGUGACAAUCAAUUGAGUGGAGAAAUUCCUGGCUGGGUUUCAAAUUGUUCUAAGCUUAUUGUAUUGGAGCUUUUCAAUAACUCGUUCAGUGGACGUGUACCCAUUAAUCUUGGGAAUUUACAAGACCUACAAUAUCUAUACUUAUUUAAUAAUCUCUUCACAAAUGAUCCUUCAAUGCUGGAAUUGGAUUUUCUAGUUUCGUUGACAAAUUGUAGACACUUGAAGAGGAUGUCGAUUGGAAACAAUUUUUUUGAUGGAACGCUUCCAAAAGCUUUGGGUAAUUUUUCAACAUCUCUUCAAAUAUUUCAUGCUCGUUCUUGUGGCAUCAAAGGUAUGGUUACAAGAGAAAUUGGCAAUAUGAGCAACUUGAUCUGGCUAGAAAUGGGAGGCAAUGAGCUCACAGGAAAACUUUCUAACACGUUGAGUCAAUUGAGGAAGUUGCAAAAGUUGUUGCUUGAUGACAAUAACUUGCAUGGGUCAAUACCAGACGACCUUUGCAAUUUGGUGAAUCUUUAUGACCUAAAUUUGGAAAAUAAUCAGCUCUCUCAGCAGCUACCAGCUUGUCUAGGAAAUCUUUCUUUACAGAAAUUUUCUUUUGCUUACAACUCAUUAACUUCAACCAUCCCAUCCACACUAUGGACUAACAAGGAAAUUCAAAUAAUGGACCUCUCAUAUAAUUUUCUCAAUGGCUCGCUGGCCCCAGAAAUUGGCAACGUGAAGGGGAUGAGAGAGUUAUAUCUAUCAGGAAAUCAGUUUUCAGGUGAGAUUCCAAGCAUUGUUGGGCAACUUAUGAAUUUGGAAAAUAUAAUAAUUUCAAACAAUCGAUUUCGCGGUCCUAUACCUGAGACGUUCGGUAAUUUGAUUUCAUUGAGAAAGCUGGAUCUGUCAAAGAACAAUUUCUAUGGUGAAAUACCCAAGUCAUUAGAGAAACUGGAGUACCUUGAGUAUUUCAAUGUUUCUUUUAAUAAUCUCAAUGGUGAAAUUCCAAAUGGAGGGCCUUUUAAGAACUUUACCUCAGAGUUUUUCAUAGGCAAUAGAGAAUUUUGUGGAGCAUCUCAAUUUAAGGUCAAGGCGUGCAAAGAUAAUAGAACUAGAUUAUCUAGCAAGACCAUAGUUUUGAAGUACAUUUUACCAUCAAUUGUUGUGGUAUUGAGUCUGGCCAUUAGUGUUGUUUAUUUAUUAAGAUGUCGUAGCAGAAAUAAACUUCUUCCAGCUCAAUCCACUCCCCCCACUACCGUCAAGAGGAUUUCAUAUUACGAAGUUAUAAAUGCUACCAAUAAAUUUUGUGAAGAGAAUCUAAUUGACAAAGGCAGUAUUGGUUCAGUGUACAAGGGAAUAUUUUCAAAUGGUAUGAUCGCUGCUAUUAAGGUUUUUAAUUUAGAUUUGGAAGGUGCAAACAAGAGUUUUGAUACCGAGUGCCAAAUUUUGUGCAACAUCCGUCAUAGAAAUCUUGUCAAGGUAAUUAGCAGUUGCUCUAACCUUGAUCUUAAAGCGUUGGUGUUGGAAUAUAUGCCGAAUGGAAACCUUACCAAGUGGCUGUCGUCGAGCAACUAUUUCCUGAAUAUAGCUCAAAGAUUGGAAAUAAUGAUAGAUGUGGCAUGUGCACUGGAGUAUCUACAUCAUGGGUAUUCCUCUCCAAUUGUCCAUUGUGAUUUGAAGCCUAGCAACGUGCUUUUAGAUGAAGAUAUGGUCGCCCAUGUUGCAGACUUUGGCAUUGCCAAGCUUGUCACAAAAGACCAGAGAAUUUCGUUGACCAAGACGUUGGGCACCAUUGGAUAUAUGGCUCCAGAGUAUGCAUCGACAGGAUUAAUAUCGCCUAUGGCGGAUGUUUAUAGCUAUGGGAUUAUGCUGAUGGAAACAUUGACCAAGAAGAUGCAAACAAAUGAUAUGUUUGUUGCAGAGUUAACCAUGAGGAGAUGGGUGUUUGAAUCAUUUCCAGAAAAAAUAAUGCACAUAGUGGAUGUGGAUUUAGUAAAUGCUGUUGAAGAUAAUAUUCGAGCCAAAGAGAGCUUCUUCAGAUCGGUCAUGGGACUAGCGCUAGAAUGCACAGCUAAUUUAUCUGAGGAGAGGCUCAAUAUGAAAGAUGUUCUAACAAGGCUUAAGAAGAUUAAAAUUGGAUCUUGUUAA